UUACUAUCAUGUAAAAGCUGAAUCAACAUUGAAUAUGAUCAGACUACUUUUAAAUAACAUUUUCAGUUCUCUCUCAUCCUCCCCAUUUACCUCUACCUCCUUAUCAUCAUCUCCAUCAUCAACAACAUUAUCAUCAUCACUCUCACUCUGAUCAUGUUACCCGGCAAACAAUUAGCUUAACAACAAUUUUGUAUUAUAUUUUUUUCCUCCCUUCAUAUUGUUGAUAACUUUCAAACUCCCAAGUUAAAGUUACAUGUUAUUUCAAUUGAGAAACAAAAAAAAACCAUCAAGGUAACUUUUACAACUCCCAUUGUCUUUCCCAUUGUAAUAGUUAAAUUGUUACAAUUUCAACAACAAUUAUCAACCAAUUAAACUUAUAAUCAACCACCCCAGUCGCCUGUCUAACUAAUUACAUAGUUUAAAAAAUAUAAAUCAUCAACAUAAUCAUCAUCGUCAUCAUCAUUAAUUGAACGUCAUUCAUUUUUAUCAACACAAUAAUCAACAAUUUAUUUAAUACAUUUACAAAAGGAUUAAUCAACAAUCAGGGACAAGAGUAAAGUUUGCAAUUAGUUAAUCCAUUGCAAUUUGAUUUAGAUUGCAAUGGAUUUCAAUCAUAUCUUCACUCAUAAUGUUAACAAUCAAAUCAUCGUGAUUGUUUAAGAUAAUUAACUAAUUGGGUACGAUUAAACAACAAUAAUAAUAAUCAAAUGUUAAGAUAAUCAAAAACGUUGAUAAUUAUUAUUUAUCUAAAUUGUGAUUAAGUUUUAAUUCCGUUUCCUUCAUUUCCUUAAUUUAUUUUCCCUAAUAAAUUAACACACACACACAAUUGGGAUUACAAUUUUUUCUUGGUUUAAUAUUCAUCCCAAUGGUUAAUUAAUUUUCAACAUUAAUUACGUUCACAAUUAAUUAAUUGUCAUCUCAGUGUAUCGUCAUCAAGCCAAUGCUCAAAUCCAUGAUUACUUAUCAAAACCUUGAAAUCAUUUAAAUCAACAGCAAUUACAAUUAAAUCAAAGUGUAAAAUCAUCAACCCAAAACAAAAACAAAAAACAAUACCCAAGUGAUCAAUAAGUGAUUAAUUAGUAGCCAUCAGAAUCGUUCGGUGAUUAGUUAAUUUUAUUUUAAUUAUGAUCAAGUGAUAAACAAAAGAAGUGGAAAAAAAAUUCAAAGAAAACUUCAAUUCGAUGACAAUUGAUCUGUAUUGAUUAUCGUCGUUUUCAUCAUAAUGUGUUAUCUAAUUGAAUCAUCAUUAUCAUCAACAAUCAACCUUUUUAUUAUAUUAUUUAUAUUACAAUUAACCGGAAACAAUGUUGUUCAAUCAACAGACAAAAUCUCACUUCAUGGUGACAUUUUACUCGGCGGAAUUUUUCCAAUCCACCAGAAAGGGACCAAGGCUGGUAAUUCAAUUGGUGGGAAUUAUCAAUCAGCUUGUGGUGGACUCAAUAUGGAUCGUGGUGUCCAAAGGGUUGAGGCGAUGCUUUUUGCUAUCGAUAAGAUCAACAAUGACUCUACCCUGUUACCCAAUAUCAAAAUGGGAGCGAUAAUUUUGGAUACUUGUUCAUCUGAUUCAUAUGCACUGAAUCAAUCUCUUGAAUUUAUCAGAGCCUCAAUCAACACCGCCUUUGAGGCUUCCGCUUUUGAGUGUAAGGAUGGACUUCCACCUCGACCCAGAUAUGGGAUGAAAACCAUUUACGGUGUUGUCGGUGGUUCCUAUUCAGAGGUAUCACUUCAAGUUGCCAAUCUACUGAGGCUAUUCCGAAUACCCCAGAUUUCGUAUGCAUCAACGUCAACUGCCCUUUCGGAUAAGAAACGAUAUGAAUUUUUCGCUCGAACCGUUCCACCCGAUAAGUAUCAAGCCUUGGCCUUAGUGGACUUGAUUGAACACUUUAACUGGACUUAUGUGAGUUUAAUUAGUUCAGAGGGUCAGUACGGUGAAUCGGGGAGCAGUGCCUUUCGAACCCACGCUCGAAUGAGAAACAUUUGUUUCGCGGUUCAAGAAAAGGUUGUCCAAUCGGCUAACGAUACCGAAUACGAUAGAAUCAUCGAAAGCCUUAAACGUAAAUCAACCGCUCGAGCUGUCGUUCUAUUCCUACGUAUGGAAGAUGCUAAAGGUUUACUUCGAGCCGCUAAACGUGCCAAUGCCACGAACAGUUUCACUUGGGUGGCAGCCGAUGGUUGGGGUAAAGAGAUGAAGGUUGUCGAAGGCGUUGAAGAUGUUGCCCUUGGUGCGAUAACCGUUGAACUUUCAUCAACUGUGAUAAGGGAAUUUGAUGAUUACCUUUUAAAGUUAAAUGUCAAAAAUAAUCGCCGUAACCCUUGGUUCAAAGAGUUUUGGCAGGAAACUUUUAAAUGUGACCUUUCACCUCGAACCUUUCGAACAGGUCGAACAGGUAAUGAGGUUGAAUAUACCGCUUGUUCACCUCAUCUUUCACUUUUCGAUGUAACUGAUUAUCGGCAAGAAUCAAAAGUUCAGUUUGUAAUCGAUGCAGUUUAUGCCUUCGCCCAUGCAAUUCAUAAUGCGUGGUUGGCACUUUGCUCAGGUAAAGGUACCAUUUGCUCAGAGCUCAAGGAACUUGACCCAGAACUUUUUUACAAACAAUAUCUACUCAAUGUUGCUUUUACAGAUUUGGAGGGAUCUGAUGUCCGUUUCGAUGAGUGUGGUGAUGGACUUGGACGUUACAAUAUAUUCAAUUUUCAAAGUUUAUCUUCCAACCUUAGCGCCUAUGGUUACGUUAAGGUGGGCCAAUGGAGGGAUAAUGAGUUAAACAUUAACGAACCGGUGAUUAUUUGGGAUUCAUUUGCCUCUCUUGACAUUCCCACCUCGGUUUGCUCGGAGCCCUGUAAGGUGGGUGAGAUUAAGAAGGGUGGUGAUCUUUCCUGCUGUUGGAUCUGUCAGGAGUGUAAACCCUGGGAGAUUGCGGUUAAUGAGACCUCAUGUGUUCCCUGUGAUGUCGGAAUGUGGCCUCACUUAAAUAAAUCUUCAUGUUAUGAACUUCCCUUGAAAUAUAUUCGCUGGAAUCAGCCCUAUGCAUUUAUACCAAUGUCCAUUGCCAUUAUCGGUAUAAUUACGGUUCUUUAUCAUUUUACGAUUUUUGUUCAGCACGUUAACACUCCCAUUGUUAAGGCUUCCGGUCGGGAAUUGUGUUACGUCCUUUUAUCGGGAAUCACUUCCUGUUACAUUAUGGCUUUCAUUAUACUCUCAAAGCCAACCUAUGCUACUUGCCUUAUCCAAAGGCUUGGGAUUGGUGUUUGUAUUUCAAUGAUCUAUGGUGCGAUUCUGACCAAAACCAAUCGUAUCUCUCGUAUCUUUCAUAGUGCCAGGCGAUCAGCACGUCGACCAACAUAUAUCAGUCCAGUUUCUCAGCUUUGUAUAACCGGGAUAAUUGUUUUCAUUCAGAUCUGUUUGAAUAUUUUAUGGUGUAUUGUUGAAAUUCCCGGUAUACGACAUGAAAUAUCCGAGAAACGGGAUGAGGUCAUUUUAAAAUGUGCGGUAACCAAGAACUCGGUACUGGUCAGCCUUAUCUAUGGGUUUGUUCUGGUCGCUACAUCAACUUAUUAUGCCUUUAAGACCAGAAAGAUACCCGAAAAUUUCAAUGAAACCAAAUUCAUCGUUUUCACCAUGUACGCUACAUGUAUCAUAUGGAUCGCCUUCCUUGCCAUUUAUCUUUCUACUGAAAAUAAUUUUGAGAUUCAAUUAACUACCCUUGCGAUGUCAUUAACGUUGAGUGGCUACGUUUGUCUUAUUUGCCUAUUUUCCCCCAAAAUAUACAUAAUUUUACGUCAUCCCGACAAGAAUGUCCGAAAACUGACCAUGAACUCGGGCACUUAUAAGAAAGGACCCACCGGUGGGGGUUCAGGUACCAGUGGAACCGGAACAAGUUACCCACAGGAAACUCCCCCGCCCUAUUCACCAGGACCUUCAAGUUCAACUCCAAAUCGUAACAAUUUACCUCCAACAUCAUAUGGAGCUUGUAAUGAUCAGGCCACUUUCUCAUCUUCUGCCGGUGGUAUUGUCAAGAAUCGAGGUAAAGGUAAAAAGAAGAGAUCAUCUUUAACUGGAUUAGAUGAUAAAGGAAUUCUGGUAACCAAAGAUGACUCACAAGCUCUUCCAUUGACAGAGAUUAAACGAGAUAAUGGAAAACUUAAUGGUGACGAUGAAGAGGGUGCAAGUGAUGAGGAAGAAGAUGAAGAGGAAGAUGCUAAAGAUGACAGCUCAGCUGUAUUAUAACAGGAAUCAUAAUCAUCAUCAUGCUAAUCACAAUGAUAAUAAAAUGAUAAUAAUCUUCUCCAUCGUCAUAAUCAAUGAAUCGCAAGUCAGCCUUUCAUCAUCAUUAUCAUCACUCCCACUUCCUUUUCCUCCUCCUCUUUCAUCCUCUACUGACCAACUGAAUCUUUCUCAUAUUAUGAUUCCUAAUACAAUAUGUGAAGAUGAUUACCUUUGAUUAUUUUAUCAUCAUCAUCAUCAUCAUUCUCUCUCUCUCUCUUUCCCUUUCUCUUUCUAUCUCCCCUUUUCUUGUCUUUACUUUUUCUGAAAAUCCUUCUUACCUUUAAUACUAAAAUAAUUGUUAAUUUGACCACAAAACUUGAAUCUAAUUAACUAAUUGAUGCCAAGACAAUAAUGGUGAGAGUAAAGAGUAAUCAUUAUCAUCAUCAUCUUCAUUGAAGAUCCUCAGGUAGUAAAUUGUUUCUUGUUUAUUAUCAUUUCCAUUGGGAAGCAAAAACAAUGCCUGAGGCAUCAUGCAAAAGAAGACCAUGUAAAAUCAUCAUCUUCACCAUAACUAAUCCAAACCUUUUUCGUCUUGGAAUGAGACUGAAAAUUCAGACACACAGAUAAUUAGCUGAUUAUCUUUUUUUCCUCAUGAUAAUCAAUGUAAAAAAAGAGACUCACAACUUAUCCUUUCUAUCCCCUUCCUUACCGAUUCCUCUCCUCCAUCUCCAUCAUCUUCAUCAUCUAUGCAUAGAUAUCAACAAACGGAAGUUGAUCAGCAAUAUAAUCAUCAUCAUCAUCAUCAUCGUAAUCAUCAACCGAUAAUUAAAAGCAAUAAUAUAACACGAAAAGUUGAACGAUUGAAAGAAAAGUUGAGAAAAAAAUUGGAUUUUUUUUCCAUUUCAUCUUCGAGUCCCUCAAGAUACUAAGAUCUUUCAAUAGACAAGGUGAUCUAUUUAAUCGUUGAAAUUUUCUUCCUAAUUACCUAAUAUCCUCUUUCCGGUUUCAAUUAAGGUUAUUAUCUUUCAUCAUGAUCACAAUUAUUAUUAUCAUCAUGGUUAUUAUUGUUAUCCAAGAAAAUGAUGAACUUUUUUUUUCUAAUAUUAAUUAUGUAUAAAGGUAAAAAUGUUCAUCUAAAGAUUAGACGAUUUAGAUGAAGAAAAAUUUUCUUUUCUCACUUUCCUUUUCUGUCUUCAUCUCUUUCUUUUCAACCGGAAAUUCAGGUUGCUUGAAACCGGAAACAAAGAGAUUCGGUAAAUUCCGGAAGUUUAAUGAGGUAAAAAUUGUCUCUAUAAAAAUAAUCUUAAUGAAAACAAAUAUAUUAUUAUAAGUAAGUAAAAAAAAGAGGAAAAAAUUAUAUAUACAAAAAACUUAUUACAAUAACUUAUUAAAGGAAACACUGUGUUGUGAUGAUAUCUACUCUUGGGAUCAAAAUCAAAGAUCUUUCAUCUCAUCAAUCAUCAAUCAUCCCUCAUCAUCUUCAUCUUCAUCUUUUCCUCUCUCACCCUCUCUUGCUUGUGAUUUGAAAAUCAUAGUUUUCCUUUUCCCAUCCUCAUCAUCAAAUACUCUUUGACUAUGUAUCAAUAACCCACCAGCCAGUUUACCUCCUCCAACUCAUCUUCAUCAUUAUCAUCUCUCCUCCUUCAUCAUAUCAGUUUGGUGAUAAAAGCAGCAAAAAAAUCCCACCGACAAAUGAUGUGAUCAAAAAAUGAUUCCGACUCAUUGUUUCAUCAAUAUAACAUUUUAAACUCCUUAACUUCAUCAUCUCAGCCCCUCCCUUAGUCCACCUUGUUUACUGCUUCAUCCACCUACUAUCACUCACUUUAUCCUCUGGAAGAUAAAAUCACAAUCUUCAGAAAAUGACACUCAUUUAAUUCAAUACUUGGAAUUGAUUCAUAAAGAAAAACUCACAACUUUUACUCUUCAUGAUAGAAAAACACAACACCCACUAUACUCUCUCUCUCUCUCUCUCUCUCUCUCUCUCUCUCUCUCUCUCUCUCUCUCAUAGUCAUGCACCAAUAAUCUUUCACUAUUUUUUACUCCCGAAAAUCGUUUCAAUCUCACUACCUUGUGGUUCAAUGGAAACAAGGAGUUGCCACCCCAACCAAAUAAUAGGAUUAUCAUCAAUGGUAAAUAAUGUUAUCAUCAAUAAUUGAUUUGUUUCCAAUUAUCAAAUCACUGAUUCCUAUGUAAACAAUUAAACCAAUUAAUCAAUUAUCAUCAUCAUCAUCAUCAUCACUAUCGUUAUCAUUAUCACCACCCACACAAUUAUCAUCAUCAUCAUUAAUAAACUUGUAACUUUGAUUAAGUUUUUUUUUUCUAAAUUGUUUUCUUCUUGCUUAUUGUUAACUCUUGAUUCUUGUAUCAUCUCAAUUUUUGAUUUAAUUGUGAAACAAUUAACGAUGAUAGUAAUUAACUGUCCCUGAAUAUAAUACAACAAUAAACUGUUGAUUUAUAAUCUAAUUAAAAAACUAUUCACAAUUUAAUUAUCAUCGACUCACAA